CUACAUUUCUUUGGUGAAAACCAUGCAAAUCAGUAUUUAUUAUUUAGUCUGUAGGAAAGUUAUAGAGUUCACAAACUAUGGAAUAUAUCUGAAAAUUGAUCAAUCCUGAAGUUUUGAUAGCCAAUCUAAUUUUGGAGUCCCAAAAAUGUCAGAACAGUACAGAAAUCCCCCAAAUGACCCCUUUUUGCAAAGUAGACAGUCUAACGUAUUUCAUAAGAGGUAUAGUGAGUUUUUUGAAAUUUUUUUGUCAUAAUUUUUUGGAAAAUGAAGAAAAUUUUAUUUUACAUACUGUCACC